AUGACAGCUUUGAUCAGGCGCUAUUUGAGCCUUUCCAGUUCUGCGGGAGACAAGCAGACCUGCACAGAAAGAGCACUUCCUUCUUCGUGGUACCGCUCCGGUCAUCUUUAUGAGCUCGAAAGAAGAGCAAUCUUCUCUAAGAGAUGGAUGCUUGUCAGCCAUAAGUUGAGGUUUGUCAAUAUCGGAGACUGGGUGAGGUUUGAAGAGGCUGGCUUCGAAUUCUUUCUUUGUCUGAACAAGGAAGGUAACAUCAAUGGCUUUCACAAUGUUUGCAGACACCGUGGAUUCCCUAUUGUGACAGAAGCGACCGGUCGCUCUCAGAUCUUCUCGUGUAAGUAUCAUGGCUGGUCUUAUGGACUUGGGGGGAAGCUGGCGAAAGCACCCGGUUAUCAGGAGAUGACAGGCUUCGAUAAGACUAUAAAUGGUCUCCUGCAAGUUCAUGUCUAUGUUGAUAGAAAUAACUUCAUCUGGGUGAAUCUUGAUUCGUCCGAGGAGCCCGAAGUGGCGUGGUCUGAUGAAUUUCAAGACGUUGAUAUCCAACCACGUUUCGAGAACUAUGAGUUUGCAAAUUAUCACUUCGAUCACACCUGGAACAUGAUCGGCGACUAUAAUUGGAAGACGCUUGCGGACAACUACAAUGAGUGUUAUCACUGUCCGACUGCACAUCCAGAUGCUGCUGAUCUAGCAGACCUCAAGAUGUAUUCUGUCGAGACAUCAGGUGGAUAUAUCAAACACUUUGCCAAUACCAGUAAGCAAAAUGUACAGCAAGGACUCAAAAUAGCCAGCACCUUCUAUUUCCCGAAUGCGUGCAUGACUGUGUCACCUCACUUCUUCUACAUGAUGAGAUGUGUGCCAAAAUCGGCACAUCAAUGCUCUAUGGAGUAUGAGAAUUUUGAGGGAAGAUAA